CGCUGCCGCCGCUGCCAGAUCUCUGGCUGCUGAGGAGAAGCAGGCCCAGUCGCUGCAACCAUCCAGCAGCCGCCGCAGCAGCCAUUACCCGGCUGCGGUCCAGAGCCAAGCGGCAGCAGAGCGAGGGGCAUCAGCUACCGCCAAGUCCAGAGCCAUUUCCAUCCUGCAGAAGAAGCCCCGCCACCAGCAGCUUCUGCCAUCUCUCUCCUCCUUUUUCUUCAGCCACAGACUCCCAGACAUGACAGCCAUCAUCAAAGAGAUCGUUAGCAGAAACAAAAGGAGAUAUCAAGAGGAUGGAUUCGACUUAGACUUGACCUAUAUUUAUCCAAACAUUAUUGCUAUGGGGUUUCCUGCAGAAAGACUUGAAGGCGUAUACAGGAACAAUAUUGAUGAUGUAGUAAGGUUUUUGGAUUCAAAGCAUAAAAACCAUUACAAGAUAUACAAUCUAUGUGCUGAAAGACAUUAUGAUACCGCCAAAUUUAACUGCAGAGUUGCACAGUAUCCUUUCGAAGACCAUAAUCCACCACAGCUAGAACUUAUCAAACCUUUUUGUGAAGAUCUUGACCAAUGGCUAAGUGAAGAUGACAAUCAUGUUGCAGCAAUUCACUGUAAAGCUGGAAAGGGACGAACUGGUGUAAUGAUUUGUGCAUAUUUGUUACAUCGGGGUAAAUUUUUAAAGGCACAAGAGGCCCUAGAUUUCUAUGGGGAAGUAAGGACCAGAGACAAAAAGGGAGUAACUAUUCCCAGUCAGAGGCGCUAUGUGUAUUAUUAUAGCUACCUGUUAAAGAAUCAUCUGGAUUAUAGACCAGUGGCACUGUUGUUUCACAAGAUGAUGUUUGAAACUAUUCCAAUGUUCAGUGGCGGAACUUGCAAUCCUCAGUUUGUGGUCUGCCAGCUAAAGGUGAAGAUAUAUUCCUCCAAUUCAGGACCCACACGACGGGAAGACAAGUUCAUGUACUUUGAGUUCCCUCAGCCAUUGCCUGUGUGUGGUGACAUCAAAGUAGAGUUCUUCCACAAACAGAACAAGAUGCUAAAAAAGGACAAAAUGUUUCACUUUUGGGUAAAUACAUUCUUCAUACCAGGACCAGAGGAAACCUCAGAAAAAGUAGAAAAUGGAAGUCUGUGUGAUCAAGAAAUUGAUAGUAUUUGCAGUAUAGAACGUGCAGAUAAUGACAAGGAAUAUCUAGUACUCACUUUAACAAAAAAUGAUCUCGACAAAGCAAAUAAAGACAAGGCCAACCGAUACUUUUCUCCAAAUUUUAAGGUGAAGCUGUACUUCACAAAAACAGUAGAGGAGCCAUCAAAUCCAGAGGCUAGCAGUUCAACUUCUGUAACACCAGAUGUUAGUGACAAUGAACCUGAUCAUUAUAGAUAUUCUGACACCACUGACUCUGAUCCAGAAAAUGAACCUUUUGAUGAAGAUCAGCAUACACAAAUUACAAAAGUCUGAUUUUUUUUUUUUUAUCAAGAGGGAUAAAACAUCAUAAGAAACAAACUUGAAUAAACUGAAAAUGGACCUUUUUUUUAAAUGGCAAUAGGACAUUGUGUCAGAUUACCAGUUAUAGGAACAAUUCUCUUUUCCUGACCAAUCUUGUUUUACCCUAUACAUCCACAGGGUUUUGACACUUGUUGUCCAGUUGAAAAAAGGUUGUGUAGCUGUGUCAUGUAUAUACCUUUUUGUGUCAAAAGGACAUUUAAAAUUCAAUUAGGAUAAAUAAAGAUGGCACUUUCCCAUUUUA